GUGAGGGGCCGCCACAGCCGCGGCCAUGGCGCCGCCCGCGCCGCCCCCCUCACGAGUCUUCGCCGAGCUCGACCUGGCCCCGUCCCCGGCCCCGGAGGGACGCGUCGAGCCUCCGGCGCUGCCCGGGCGGGAGGUGCAUGUGAGCGGCAGCGCGGAGCUGAGCGCCCGCCCGGACCGGGCGCGGGUGUCGCUGCGGCUCGGCAGCCGCAAAGAGGCGGCCGCGGCGGCGCGGAGCAGCGUGUCCCGCCGGCUGCAGUACAUCGCCCACAGCGCCCGCCUGCACGGCGUCCCGGAAGAAAAUAUGACUGUAACAGAAGAUUUUAGUAGAGUAGAAAAUACUUACCAAAUGGAAGCAGAGGUCUGUAUCAUAUUCAGUGAUUUUGGAAAAAUGCAGAAUGUUUGCAAUCUACUCAUUGAAAAGUUAGGAACCUCUGUUACCAUCAAUCCACCUAAUUUCUACCACACACCAGAAGCCAUCGACACACUUCGGUAUUUUUUUCUGCGGAUGCGGAUGGACAAGUGGCUUGAACGGGCUGUGAACAGAAGUCCAGUGGUAGCUCUCUCAUGUGAAGUUUAUGCAAAAUAUGUCGUAACACAGCCCUGUAACCCAGCCUCAUGUCGUGCCUCUCAAAACGCUGUUGGUACUUCAGAGAGCACCUGGUGCAGCCCCACAGCUUUGUCACAGCUGGAGCAGGAGCAUCCCGAGUAGUUUCCCUAGCACAUGUGUCAGCGCCCAUCAGAAACUCCGGGGCUGCCCCUGCUGGGCUGCUGCAGGGGGCAAACCCGGCCAUGAGCCUCAUCUGUGUCACAGAUUUCUGUGGUCUAAAUUCAACAGCAACCAGACUUGCUGAUGGUGCUCAGAGUGGGAGCAAACAGAGGAAGCAGACUCAAAUUGUGAAUGAUUCAGAGAGAUCGGAGCAAUGAGAACAUUGUAGACAAGAAGAGAAAUUCAGCAGCAGCAAACAUGAAGCUUUACCAAGAGGAAGGAAAUGCUCUAGCCAUCACUUCUCACUGAGCACAACUCUCCAAAAGGGAAGACUGAAAAAAAUCAAAAAUGUUAUCAAGCCAUGCCUAGUGAACAUGUGGGAACUAAGGGGCCAGGCCUAGGAUGGAUUUAAACCUGUGCAACAUGGCAGGAAUGCCCAACUGAAAACUCACAUGAAUACUAGCCUAGACUAGAAAUACAAAUUCUACCUAAGAAAAACAGUUUUUAAUCAUAGAAUCAUAGACCAUUUGAGUUGGAAGGGACCUUUUCAAGGGCACCUAAUCCAACUCCCAUGCAAUAAGCAGAGACAUAUUCAGCUAGAUCAGGUUGUUCAGAGCAACCUAUCUGCCUCACAGAGCCCACCCCAAGGAGAGCAGACUCGUUGGGGCCAUUGUGGCUCUGUUUGCAUCACACCAGCCCAGGCUGCAGUAAAUACUGGGACCUACUGACUCCCUUGAGCAAAACCUCAGGAGACAUGUAAGAACCUGAUCCUUCCAAAGGGAGGCUGAAGGUUUUAAAGUCCUACUCAGGCAACAUAUUACUGCCCAAACAUUAAGACAUUUUAAUAUAAAGUAAAUAAAAUUGAAAGAUGAGGAUGCUUCUUUUACAAA